GCGAUCUGAUCGAACGGCGGACAAGUGAGGUAGACGUACACGUGAGAUGAAGAGAAGUAGUAAGAGGAGGAAAGGAAGCCAAAAAAGAAGUUAAUAAAAGGAGGAGGGGAUGGAUCACUCGAGAAGUGACUUACUUCCCGAUUCCCCAGGCCUUCCUGCCCAUUGCUCUCUCUCCCGGCCGAGAAAUCGAGCUCGCGGCACACACUGCGCCACCGCUCCAUCCAUUCCCCGGCCAUUCAUUUCUUCAGUCAUUCUACCCAACAGUUCUAUCGCACCCACACCACAAUCCAUUUCUACCAUAUAAAUGCUCUCUGUCUCUGUCUCUCAAUCUGCUUUUCUUGCUUUCCCCAAGCUACUUAAAUAGCGCAUCUAUCCAGCAAGAGUAGCAUCGUCGACUCCUGCUCACUGCUCCCACGCACGCACCCCAAGUGUUUGUUUUUAUUUCUCUUCCGUUAGUCCUCUAACGAACCCCCGAGUGUCAAACCAAACUUUGUAUUUUUUUUUUUAAAUUCCCACACUGUCAGAUCGAAAGUUGGCGAAAUUUGGGAUUGUGUUUUCUUUGUUUGAGAUUUUUGGUUGGUUGGUUGGGUGGGUGGGGGAUUGAGCGAGUAUAUGGAUCCGCCUGGGUUGAUGAGUGACGAGCCCUUCAACUUGGCGGAGAUCUGGCAGUUUCCGCUGAAUGGGAAUGGGAGAGGCCAGUUUGGGCAGAGUUUGGCUCACUUUGCAGACUCUACCAGGGAUAAUGAAUCCCUCAAUUUGGAGCACAGAGGAGGUUUGCAGAAGAAGCGCCGGGAUUUGGAGGAGGCCGUCUCUACCAGCAAUGGCAGCGGGAAUGGACUGAAUGACAGUGAUGGGAAAAGGAUUAAAACAACGGGAGGGAGUAGAGAUGAUAGCUGUGAUCCCAAAGCUGAAGAAGCAGAGCUCAGUUCAGGGAAGCCACUAGUGGAACAGAAGGCUCAACAACCCUCAGAGCCACCUAAACAAGAUUACAUCCACGUACGGGCACGGCGUGGUCAAGCUACUGACAGCCACAGCCUUGCAGAAAGAGCCAGGAGAGAAAAAAUAAGUGAAAGGAUGAAAAUCCUUCAGGACCUCGUCCCUGGCUGCAACAAGGUCAUAGGGAAAGCUCUCGUCUUGGAUGAGAUUAUUAAUUACAUCCAGUCGUUACAGCGUCAAGUUGAGUUCCUGUCAAUGAAGCUAGAGGCAGUUAACUCCCGGAUGACUCCUGGCAUGGAUGUCUAUCCUUCAAAAGAGUAUGACCAGCAAACAUAUGAUGCAUCUGGGAUUGGUUACGGUUCACAAACCGCAAGGGAAUUCAGCAGAGGAGCGUCGCCUGAAUGGUUGCACAUGCAGAUUGGUGGCGGUUUCGAAAGAUCGUGAUCUUGAAAAAAUUGUGGAGGGGGGCAGUUGAUUGAUGGGCAAUUAGAGAAAGCAAUACGAUACGUAUAUCCUCCAAAGGGCUAGUAAAAUAUACGCAUAUGAUCUUGUUACAAAGAGAGAGUGCAUUAUGUUGUCACAACAACUACUUCAUGGAGCUGUGGAAUCCCCAACAGAGAUCUCUCCAGUUGUUUCAGCAUUGAAGAAGAGAGUAUUCUUUCACUUCAUACACAUAUAGAAUCUUUGUAAGCUGGACUUCACUUUUCUCCUGCCGUUGUAAUACCAGCUAAAAUGAGAUCCUCCUAGUCCUAUAGCUGUCUAAAUUGCUGUUUUAAAAGAUAAGUUUGUAUUGCAGAUUUCCUCUCCUUGUACGCAUACUCUGUACACACCCUUUUUGUUUCAUACAUACCAUUGACAUGGUGAAGCGAAGCUUAGAUCUUUAUAAUGAAGUAUGAUGGUUCGAUGUUAAACUUGAGCCUUCCGUCUUGGUACAAGUAUCACAUAUCUCAGCUGUUGAUGUAAGCAUUCAAGUUUGUAGUGAAACCAGCAGCAGGAGAAC